GCGACUCCCCCCAAUCCACACUCCAACUUCAAAGGUGGCGGUAACGCGCCAAAGAGUUGUUUGCCAACCGCCGGAAUAAAAAAAGAGAAGAAGAAGACGAACGGGGCUGGGCGAGCGAAGUUGGGGCGAUUUACGGAGGUUUCUGCCGUCGGACAGUCGACGGCGAUAAGAACACAAAUGCAGCGAACAUGUGUAUGAACGUAUGUGGUUGUAAUGCGGCGGAGUAAAGCGGCUUUACGUGUCAAGGCAUCUUCUACUUGUACGCGGAGUUUGGUGUGUUUCGUACCGUAACUGAGAAACAGCGUCCAUUCUGAGCGCGAGGAUGAUUUUUGCUAAUACUGGAAACUCACAAAGGACGCCGCAUCGCAAACAGUCGUCUGCAGCCCUGUCACAGCCCAUGGCUCCACCAAGCCCAGGUGCAAAUAACAACAGCAGCAGUAGCACUGCAAGUUGGGACCAGCUCAGCAAAACAAACCUUUACAUCCGAGGCCUGUCCCCUUCAACCACAGACCAUGACCUGGUCAAACUCUGUCAGCCGUAUGGCAAAAUAGUUUCAACAAAGGCCAUCCUGGACAAGACUACAAACAGAUGUAAAGGUUAUGGCUUUGUGGACUUUGACAGCCCCACUGCAGCUCAGAAAGCGGUUGCCGCCCUAAAGACCACAGGCAUCCAAGCUCAAAUGGCAAAACAACAAGAACAAGAUCCGACAAACUUGUACAUCUCCAACUUGCCUUUGUCUAUGGAUGAGCAGGAGCUGGAGAACAUGUUGAAACACUUCGGGCAGGUGAUAUCCACACGGAUCUUGAGAGACCCAAGUGGAGCCAGCAGAGGAGUGGGCUUUGCCAGGAUGGAGUCACCUGAAAAAUGUGAUGCAGUAAUUGCUCACUUUAACGGAAAGUUUCUUAAAACACCUGCAGGUGUUCCAGCACCAUCUGAACCAUUGCUGUGCAAGUUUGCAGAUGGCGGUCAGAAAAAGAGACAGAGUCAGAAUAAAUUUGCCCAGAAUGGUCGGGGUUGGGCAAGAGAUGUUGACUCCAGACGGGCUGGAAUGACACUUACAUAUGACCCUAGUGCAGCUGCAAUGCAAAAUGGAUUCUUUCCACCACCAUACAGUGUUUCAAACAGGAUAAUUGCGCAGACAUCCAUGCCUCCCUACAUGUCUCCUGUUUCUACAUACCAGGUGCAGAACCCCUCGUGGCUGCCUCAUCAACCCUACAUCAUGCAGCACCCAGGUACAGUGUUAUCGCCCUCUUUGGACCCAUCUAUGUCACUGCAGCCUACUUCCAUGAUGUCCCCCCUCACUCAGCAGAUGAGUCACCUAUCUCUGGGCAGUGCAGGAACGUUUAUGGCCGCCAACUCAGCUAUGCAAGGAACCUACAUCCCACAGUAUGCACACAUGCAGACAUCAGCUGUCCCUGUGGAGGAAAAUGGUGCACAACCACAAGUGGACUCCCCUGGAAAUCAUUCCCCAUAUUCAUACCAACAAGCAAAGUAGUGCUGAGGCAAACACACAGCAGCAUUUCCUCUAGUUAGCUAGCCAGAGUGGACAACAAACAUGUACAGGUAAAAGGCCGCUAUACUUGAUUUCUAUGUAAUGCCUGAGACUGAGAAGUAAUACUGUCUAGUGAGGAUUCUGCUGCUAAUGGUGUUUGAACCAAGUGCCAUAAUAUCUGGGUCAAGAGUCAGAGAGGUGCAUCCAAGGAAACAUAACCGUCAUGUUGAACAGUCCUUAAGUUAUAUGACAAAGUUCUAAUUUAUGAAGGUUUUUUUUGUACAGACAGAUUGAGCAACAGAGGAGAUUUUCAUAGAGCUAUAAGCUUUUUUUUUUUCUUUUUCUAAACUUGUGCCACACAGUUUUCAGUGGCGACUUGUAUGUACAGUUGUUUUGUAGUGUUUGUUAAAGCCAAAGACUUUUUUGGGGGGGUAAACCUUUGCCUAAGAUCUAUCUUGUUAAUUCCUUUGACAUUUUUCAAUAAAAUUUUUAAACUUUU